AUGGAGCCAUCACAACCAGGCCCGCAGCGAACGGCGUGGGCUGAGAAUAUACAAUAUCAGCCUAGAACUGUGCGGUCAUCGUAUGGGGUUCCAAGAGAGUUCGCCGAGCCUCAAUAUAGAGGUUAUCAACCGGUGCCAGCACCAAGCGUUCCAUACCAAAUUCAUGCAAGACAACAACCACCAAUGUUCGAACCCCCCAUGAGACAAAUUCGGCAGUAUGAGGAUGUUCCACCAACUCAACCACAACCGAUCUACUAUGUUCCUGUGUAUGAACAGCCUCAACCUUACACUCAAACCUACCCACAGAAUCCCCCACCAAUGCCCCCUAGGGAGAUCAACCCACCUAGAUUUUACCCAUUGGACUCACCGACAAUACAAAAUGAGAAUUAUUCAACUCCCAGAGAGACUCGAUAUGACGGGGAUGCAGCGCCUGGUAUAGUGCAAGUAAAUCAACCUGCAUCUUCAGUAGCGCGCCAGCGCGUCUCUCCUAAUGAGAGCGAGGUUCAUUCUCGCGUCCCAAGCCCUCCAUUCACCCGUGAUAGAGAUAGAAGAAAAUACGAAAAGGUGGCUGAAGAAGUAAAGCGUCGGUCGGAAUCUCCGUUGCGCUUAAGGACACGCACCGUUGAGAUCGAGAGUGCACGGGAAGACCGUCCUGAACGAGAAGACUAUCUUGACCGAGAAGACUUUCUUGAGCGAGAAGACUUUGUUCCACGUCGCAGCAGCAACCGUGAUGCGUCAGUUGAGAUUAAAACGGUGCGGGAAAGGCGCCGUUACCGGAGAGAUGAAGAUGAAGACGACUCUUCUGACCCUUCUGAUGACGAUCGUGAAUAUAUUCGAAUCAAUAAAUCGGCACCGGGCACAGAUGAAGGGAAAGUAGAUAUAACAAGGUCGAUCAGCAUUCCGUACCGAGAACGCCGCACUGGUAGGCUGAGGACGAGUGUCCAUCCUUACACGCCCAAAGAAGACAUCAAAAACAAAAAAGCAUCUUCGACAUACUCCGAUAUCCCUGACAUAACAGUGAUGUGUUAUGUCGACGAACAGAGGACCAUACGCAACCACACCAUCAAGAUCAAAUCCUGGAUGUUCAUCCAAUUCUUAUCAGAGAUGGGCAAGUUCAAAAUUUAUUCUAACGUCGACUCGGGAUCGAUCACACUUAGAGAGCCUUUCGUCGAUCUUUUUCACAGGAAAAAGGCCAUGCGGGAAUUUCUAGCUAAGGCUGAUAGAGAUGCUGCAACAACCGAUACAAUGCUGAGAGACAAGAUUUCAUCUGCAGAAGGGGUCCUCGACUUGUUGUCAAGCGACUUUUCUGCCUUGAACGAUAGGUUUGAUCAGAUGACGUCUUCUGAACCCCCUGAGAUGGUGGAUUAUGCAAGUCUGUGGAUGGUAUACACUCCCGGAACAUUGGUAUUCAAACCAAAGCCAGACGGGGGGACCUCAGCAUAUAUAAUUGACUCUGUCCAAUAUCAGAAAGACGCGUAUGAUGUAGAGGAUGACCUCCCCCCCUCUGAACCAAUCUUGAAGCUGUAUUGCUGGUCUAUCGGUUAUCACAUGGGGGAGGCUGGAUACGAUGGGAAAUUCGGACGCCGGGGCCAUGUGAUCAGCAUCCCGCUAUUCCAAGGAUCGAGGCCCUUCAAGUCGCUCAAAUACAUUCCUGAACGGUUUCUAGGAUCUGACGAGAUCAAAAACGAAUUAAUCGCCAGAGGUAGAAUAUUCUGGGAGCUUUCUGGCCCCACAUACCGGGAAGUCGUCAAGAAUGAACCUGCAGGGCGUCAGAAAGGCGAAAGGGAUCGGGUUAUGGUCGAUUAUGGGAUGUAUGAAGAUUUACGAAGAGACGAAGAACCAGAUCGAGACGAAGGUCUUCCCUAUCCUCCGGAUUUGUCUGCCAAGCAUAGCGAGAACCUCGACGCUGCCAUGAAAUAUAUCGCCAAAUCGGGACGGAAAGGACAGGUGACUUCCUUGGAAAAGGAUUAUUCAAACACGUCGUUCGCCGAACUCAAUUUAAUUGAACCGUCAUCAGAGCCGUCGGAUCUCAUGCUUAUAUUGUGUCCGCCGAAGAUACUCGCCUUUUCUUUGCUACAGAAGUAUUGGUCUGAGUAUAACGUUGCCCAUUUGAAGCCGGUUCAGUUUCAACAUAACGCCUGGUCAAGGAUAGUGCUUGAUCAAGAAUACAAAGACGUCGUCCAAGCCAUGGUUGCCUCCUAUCUUAGGAAAUCGGAUACGUUCCAAGACCUUGUCCCUGGGAAAGGAGCGGGUAUCUCCAUCUUGCUCCACGGGCCUCCAGGAGUGGGGAAAACCUUGACAGCAGAAUGUGUCGCGGAAAGUUUUCAGAAGCCCCUUUAUAUGGUCACUGCCGGUGAUCUAGGAACCGACCCCGAGUCGCUAGAGUUCAAGCUGUCUAGGAUAUUCGAUCUGGCUGUGCGUUGGGACGCGAUUCUUUUGCUGGACGAAGCGGACGUGUUCCUCCAAGAUAGAGAUUAUGAAAACCUGACUCGUAACGCGUUGGUAUCAAUUUUCUUGAGAACGCUCGAGUACUUCAAGGGAAUCAUGUUUCUCACAAGUAACCGUGUCGGUGCCUUCGACCAAGCCUUCCAAUCGCGAAUCCACAUAACUCUCGGGAUUCCAGAGUUUAGCGAAUCGGUGCGCAAGCAAGUCUGGGCAAUUUUUAUUAAGGAUCUCGGACGUAAACGUAUCGACGGCUCGCCCCCUCUUCUAACCGAAGAAGAAUGUAAGGGAUUGGGUCAGGAGGUCCUCAAAUCAUGGUCGCGAGAAUCCUUGAACGGUCGACAGAUACGAAACUGUGUAAGAAGUGCUCUUGCUCUCGCGCAGAAUAAACAAGAGAGAUUAUGCGCCAAACACUUCAAUACCGUCAUAAGGCUUGGAAAUACAUUCACGAAAUACAUGACGCGGUUGCAGAAGGUUGAGGCGGAUGAGUUGGCACAAGUCAAAGGCGAUCGGCUAGCUGAGAUGGGAAGUCUUGCAAUUCGGAGUAGCCAUCUAGAACCUGAGAAGUGAUAUAUCAUAGAAGAUACCCGUAGAUACAUUGGU